AUGGUUGAAGAGAAUCCUGAAGAGUUCAAAGAGGAUCCGGAAAUGUUUGAGAAAGAUCCAGAAAUGGAUCCGAUUAUGGAUCUGAUGGCGCCACAGCUGACGGGGCACAACGCGAGGACGAGUGGAGGCGAGACGAAGAAGAAAGAGCUACAUCUGCUUGGUGAUCGUGUUGAAGAAGCACUAACAGAGCUGGAUGGCUGCUGCCAGAAUUCUAGACUUUCAGAGCCUUUCAGAUUGAAGGCUAGAAUUCUGGAGUGUUUUCAAAGCAAUCAAGUGGCUACUAUUUGUACCUUUAUCAUGUUAAUCGUGAUGUGUUUGUCUUAAUUAUUUGGGCUUAACUAUAUGGAUCUUAUCUUAAUGAGUGUAGAUCUAAUGCUUGAUCAUUAGAUCUAAUGAGGUAUCUGCAGAUCUAAUGCUUGAUCAUUUGUCUGUG